AUGCAAAGUCCGAAAAUUAUUGAAGAUGUUGCUGAGGAGGAUGAACAAAUUCCACCUCUCCUUGCGAAGGAGCAACCUAAAAGUAAAUGGGAUGAUGAAGAUGUGGAUGAAAUUGAUGUGAAGGAAUCAUGGGAGGAUGAAGAUGAACCAGCUCUGGUACCUGUUGCAAAACCUACUCCUGAAAAAUCCUCAAAGAAACCUGUGGCAAAAUCUACAGAGAAGAAAGGCAGAACUGUUGAAGUACCAAAGGAAGAGGCACAAUCUCUAGAUCCUGUUGCUGAGAAACUUCGGCAACAAAGGUUAGUAGAAGAAGCUGAUUACAGAUCUACUAUAGAACUGUUUGCUAAGAGAGGCGAUGAGAAGACACUUGAUAAUUUCAUUCCUAAAUUUGAGAGUGACUUCUUGGAAUAUGUAGAACUUAUUUCACAUAAGCUUCAUCCAUAUGAGAAAAGUUUCCAGUAUAUUGGUUUACUCAAGGCAGUAAUGAGACUGUCAAUGACUUCUUUGAAAGCAGCAGAUGCAAAAGAUGUUGCAUCUUCUGUUACAGCAAUUGCAAAUGAGAAGCUGAAAGCACAGAAAGAAGCCAAUAGUAAAAAGAAGACAGGGAAGAAGAAACAACUCCGUGUUGACAAGCCAGAUGAUGAUUUGGUGGUUGAUGCGUAUGAUGCUCUUGACGAUUAUGAUUUUAUGUAA